CUUACUUAAAUAACCUACACAAUGCUUUAUCCAGAACUCUCAUCCUUAGACGACUUCGAAUUUAUCAAAAAUCUUGGAUCAGGAUACUCAUCAACGUAAAUUUCUGUAUUCUAUUAUCUUAGUGUUGAUCUCUACAGACACAUUUAAAGCGAUAGAAUAGUAGCAAUGAAGAAGUUAUCAACCAAGAACUUAACAUAAUCUGAAUGCAGGAAAACCUACGAUACUGAAAUAACCAUCCUAACUAAACUGAGAGGUUGUUCCAAUGUAGUCCAAUUAAUCGGCUUUGGAUUCUACACCACUACCGAAAUCAGUACCAGAAGAACUAGAACUUUGAACAAUUAUUUCCUAAUUUUAGAAUACAUUGACGCUUAGCCAUUGGACAAAAGUAGUGAAAGAAUUACUAAAUAAUUCUACUACAAACUUUUAUUAAGUAUAUUGUUGAAUUUAUAUGUAGCUCUGUAAAGAAUUCAUGAAUUGGGAGUAGUUCACAGAGAUUUAAAUCUAAAUAAUGUUCUAGUUUAAAACAACGAACCUAUACUCAUCGACUUUGCCUUUGGAGCAGUGACGAAUGGCAAAUAGAAAUUCACUGAGUUUUAUGGAACUAAACCAUAUGUGGCACCAGAGAUUGUUGAUGGUUAGUCAUAUCUCCCAUACCCUACUGAAGUUUACAGUUUAGGUGUUAUUUUAUUGGAAUUGAUAAACAACGAGGACUCCAAAGAAAUUGCAGCCUAAAUGAUGCAAUAAAACCCAUAUAAAAGACCGAAUUUGGAGGAUGUCAUUGCUCAUCCCUGGUUUUAAUCUUGAU